AUGGUCGCCACCCCUCUCUUCGCCGCACUCCUUUGCACCCUCUCACUGAGCGAGUCGGUCGCUGCCCUCCCCGCCAUCGUCAACGUCAAGAACGCCGCGGCUCCCGCCGCCUCGACCUCCGACUCCUACUGGACCUCGACCGGUUCGAGCUUCUACGUUCCCGGGCAGGACCAGGCGCAGGCCGUCUCUCUCGGCCGCACAACGCCCGCCGUGACCCUUCCCUCCCCCUCUCUCAUUCCCGUCGUUCCCGCCAGCUCGACCUCCGCCCCGCUCACGACUCUCACCUCCGUCCCGUCCUCCCUCUCCUCGGACAAGAUCCUCCGCUCCCUCGCCCGUCGCGGCGACUACGAAGGCUUCUCCGCCGCCCUCCUCGCGAAGCGCCAAUCGGGCCUCGACAGCCUCCCGGCCAAUUUCUCGCCCAUCGACUUGUACAUGUCGAUGCUCGAGUCGAGGAUCGAGGCGGGUCACUCGCCGACCCCCUAUCUGCCUGCGCAGCGGCUGAGGGCUAGUGCGGCGAGUGCGGCGGCGGCAUCGAAGGCGUCGGUAUCGUCGUCAAAGGCGGCGGCGUCCGCCUCGAAGAGCUUGUCGGCGCAAGGCAAGACUACCACGACAAAGAAGGCCACCUCGACGACGGCCACGACGAAGAAGGCGACGUCCACAUCGACAACGAAGAAGGCGACGUCCACGCCAACAAAGUCGAGCACGACCUCGUCCGCCAAGCCAACCUCGACGAGCACAAACGGGCAAAACCUCGGCCUGACCGACGGCGUAACCUACUGGAAGGAGAAGACCAAUUUCUACUCGCUCGACUCGUUCAAGCAGGACGUGCCGAAGAACGCUCGCUUCUCGUGGGGCGACUCGGCGGGCGGAAUGAACGUCGAGGUCGUCGGCAAGGGCGUUCCUGCCGACAAGUGGACUGGCGGCGUCCAGGGCGACUCGAAGAGCGCGCUUCAGGUCGCUUACCCAGCUGGAUCGCGAAACCCGUCUGCGCUACCGAUCGGAGGAAUGGGCUUCUACACCUCGAAGAUCGACAUCACCCAGGCGACCAACGUCUCGUUCAGCUACUCGGUCUUCUUCCCCGUCGGCUUCGACUUUGUCAAGGGCGGCAAGCUCCCGGGGCUCUACGGCGGCAAGACCGCCUGCUCGGGCGGAUCGGCCGCCGAAGACUGCUUCUCGACGCGCCUCAUGUUCCGCAAGGGCGGGAUGGGCGAGCUCUACCUGUACGCGCCGCGCGAGAAGCAGGUCGACUCGCUCUGCACGCUCCCGCCUCUGAGCUUCUGCAACUCGGUCUACGGGAUGAGUAUCGGGCGCGGGAGCUGGACGUUCAAGACGGGCGAGUGGACCGACAUUCGCCAGGACAUCUGGCUCAACACGCCGGGCAAGGCUGACGGUGGCUUCAAUAUCUGGAUCAACGGCAAGAUCGCGCUGCACUCGGACACGGUCUACUACCGCAACUCCGUCUCGGGCCUCGUCUCGAACGGCACCAGCACCGGCGACAUCGCAACCCUGAUCAACUACGACUCGAUUCCCGACGACGUUGUCAUCCCGAACGGCGGCUUCAAGGACUACCCCGCCGGAAACUCGUCGGCGCCCGUCAGCAGCGGCGUCUUCCAGCCUACGUUCGUCACCAAGAUCCUCAACCCGACAGCGACUUCAGCGCUCCCUACGACUACACCGCCCGUCCCUUACCGCUUCGACAACGAGAACCGCCGCCAGCGCCGCAACGUCGUUGAACUCGAGGCGAAGAAGGAGAAGCGGGCGACGGUUGCCAAGAUCCCCGGCUUCCUCGGUGCCAUGGCACAGACCUUCUUCGGUGGCUCGACGAGCGAUUACAACUCGCCCGUCCUCCAGUACUCCUACUUCCGCGGCUUCGGCCUGCGGAUCAACUGA